AUAUACAAAGAGAAUCUCAGUUUCCUAGGGUUGGGGUUUAUCCGUUUCUGUCAGAAUCUCCACCGUCGUCGACUCUUCCUACGUCCGAUCGGAUCUCGAUUUCAUCGUGUCCUCAUGAAUCCACCACUUUAAAUAGAUUCCUCAGCCAUCAGCCACUCCUCCGCCGCCGCCGGUAGUAAGUUCGUCGUCGAGCCAAGUGUUUAAGCGACUCUUGUCCGAUUAUCCCGCGGAUUCACUCUCACUUUUGAUCCGUCUUGGAAAGUAGUUCGGAUGGGUUCUGUCAUGAGCUUGAAUUGUUCUUCCAGGAGUAGGACGCCUAUUCUAAACGAGGGAAGCUCGAACGAAUCGUGCAAACGGCAAAAAAUAUGUUCAUCUUAUGAAGGGGAGAACAAUAGAUUGAUUCCCCGUCUUCCUGAUGAGCUUUCGAUACAGAUACUCGCUAGGGUUCCCAGAAUUUGCUAUUUCAAUGCGAGGUUGGUUUCUCGGAAGUGGAAAUCUGCUUUCACGAGCUCUGAGUUGUAUUGUUUGAGACAAGAACUAGGAAAAACCGAGGAGUGGCUCUAUGUCCUGACGAAAGAUCAAGAGAAUGUGUUUCUGUGGCACGCUUUAGAUCCCGUGUCUGCUAAAUGGCAGAGAUUGCCUCCAAUGCCGGAUAUUGUUUGUGAAGAAGAAUCUAGAAGAAGCUUUUCGGGCUUGUGGAAUGUGGUCAGCCCGAGAAUGAAAGUCGCUGAGAUCCUUAGAAGUUGGUUUGGUAGAAAGGAUCGGCCAGAGAAAUUACCCUUUUGUGGGUGUGCUUUCGGGGCCGUUGAUGGGUGCCUCUACGUCCUUGGCGGGUUAUCCAAAUCUUGUACUGCGAAUUCCGUUUUACGGUUUGAUCCAGUUCUGAACAAGUGGAACGAAGUGAGUCCAAUGUUGGAAAGUCGGGCAUAUUCUAAAACGGGCAUACUUAAUAACAAACUAUAUGUCGUGGGAGGGAUCAAUCAUGGGCGAGGAGGGUUUUCUCCUCUUCGGUCAGCUGAAGUUUAUGACCCGAGUGCGAAUGCAUGGUCAGAGGUUCCUAGUAUGCCUUUCUCGAAGGCUCAAGUCUUACCAAAUGCAUUUCUGGCCGGAUUAUUGAAGCCUGUAGCCACCGGGAUGAGUUCUUACAAUGGUAGGUUAUGUGUUCCUCAGAGUCUGUACUCUUGGCCGUUCUACGUUGAUAUCGGAGGAGAGGUUUAUGAACCGGAGACGAAUUCAUGGAUUGAAAUGCCGAUAGGUAUGGGUGAAGGCUGGCCUGCUAGGCAAGCUGGGACGAAACUGAGUGUCGUAGUGGACGGCGAGUUGUACGGGUUUGAUCCUCCUCCUUCUUCGAUGGAGAGCGGGAAUAUAAAGGUGUAUGAUCAAAAGGAAGAUACGUGGAAAGUUGUCAUCAGGGAAGUCCCUGUUUCCGACUUACCACAGUCGGAAUCUCCUUAUAUACUUGCCGGAUUUCAUGGAAAACUUCAUUUCAUUACCCGAGAUUUCAACGGCAAGAUCACGGUUUUACGGGCAGACUUGCGUGAGAGCUCGAGCUCUCCAUCAUCUGGUCCCUACCCUUUUGCCGGAUCGCGCUCUUUCCGUGAAAAGACCGAUCUGCCCAACACGACGGACACAGUUGUCUGGAAAGUGAUUGCGGCCAAGGAUUUCGGUGCUGCUGAACUCGUCAGCUGUCAAGUUAUAGAUUUGUAAAAAAAAAAAACAUCUGGUAGCCACGGUCUGGUAAGUUGUUGAUUCUCUACACUUUUGGCUUUAGGGUUCCCCGUAUGUGAUUAUUACAUCAUGAUUUGUGAAGCUAUUAUAAAUUGCAUAUGCAUCGUCUUGAUGGCCCUGCAGUGAUGUUUUACCUCGUCUUA